UCUUACGUCAGCCUCCAGUCAGUACCUCGUGUGGUGAGAGAAGGAAGGGUCAUCCCACACCUCCAUUACCGAAAAUUACAAGGCUUACGGUGAUAUUUCGGCCUCAUUUGAACCUUUAAUAACCUCGCAGUGACCCGUGAGAUAAUAAGGCACCCGUGGACUGAUAUAUGACACCUGGAGGAGGGGAAUUAGCAAGUGUGCCAGAAACAUCAGUGAGGAAGUGGACUCAGUAACAUAUAGUGACAAGUGUACAGGUGAUGGAUAUUGGCUGACAACACAGAAGUAAACCACCAAAAUGUGUGCCCAGAGACUAUGGCCGACGGUGCAAGCCCUGGGGAGGGGCCUGGUGAGCGGCCGGUCGGAGAUCAUCCAGCAGGGUGUGAAAGCUUACAAUGUACAGAACUUCAAUAGUGGCCACUUUAACCAGGGCCACCCCACCAGCCAUGACCGGUUCCCCCUGUCGCAGCGCAUCAUCCACACAUCCCGGGGGUCCUUCAACAAAGUGGUCACGCGCUCCGUGCAUUCUGGGACCGUUCUUCUCGUAAAGGAGUUCACCGAUACUGAAAAUGAACAUGCACAUGCUGUGUUGCGUUCGUUGCCAGCAUACCAGUCGACCACAGUGGCCAGGGAAGAGGCACCAGGCUCCUCUUUUUACCAGCAGCACCUGUUCCCUAUUGCCGACAAUGAGUGGACCAGAUGCAGUGCGGAGGAGGUUGCCACCAGGUUCAUCAUUACCUCACAGGAGUGCAGGUAUCGGCCCAUGGACCUGGAGGACAGAAAGCACUCAAGGUUGUGUUCUGCGCUGGUAAGUAGCCUGGCACAGCUCGAUGACAACCAGCUGCUUAAGGUCCUCUCAGCGCUGUCCCUGUGGCCCCCGACCAGUGCCACAACGACCCCUAACUUUGUGGCACUGUGGAACGCCCUCGACCAGACCUGCACCGAGAGAAUCAACCGCUGGGACAUGACGCGGAUGUUCCUCGUUGCAGACCACUGGUAUGCGCUGAAACUGUCGCGAAUCUCCAUGUACAACGUCCGCAUGACCAAACUACUGGGCAGAAAGGUGUCAUCCAUGGGGCCCACUCAGCUGGUGCAAUACUUGUUCUACGCAAACUUGAGUCGAAAGUUAGAACCGUUCAUCAUAAAAAAAGACAUAGAGAAACGUAUCACCGAAGUGCUGCCACAAAUAUCCAUCGAGGAGAUUGGUGUUAUAGCCAUGGGGUUCUUCAAAACACAGACGUUCCUCAAAAACGAAAAACUAGUCGAGGCCAUCGUGAAAAAGACGCAAGAGAACCUGGAGUGUGUGUCCGACGCCUCGCUGUGUGCCAUCCUCAAACUUCUGCGUAAGAGCAUUCCCGUGACGCAGUGGAAGCUCCUGGAGGACCUCUUGGACACCCUCAUGCCGCAGCUUCCCCGUCUCAACAACAUGGUGCUCCUACAGGUGGCUCUCCUUGGCAAUGACCUCCUGGUGUACCAUCCGCAGGUCAUUGAUAUCAUCGCAUCCAGGUUUGCUAUGGACAUGAGCUCCCUACGGCUAAAGGACAUUGAGAGGAUAACCUUUGCCCUCAUGCUGUACAACUGUGUCCCUCCCAGCCGGCCAGACAUCUUUGCGCUGGUGGCUGAGGAGCUGAGGAAGCCAGAACGGAUGAUGGAGAUCAACCACUACCCUAAGUGUUUUGUGUCCUGCGUGGUUUACCUGGUGACGCUUGGAUUCUUCCCGCAGGAUCUCAUUUCAGCAGCCCUCCAGCCGUCCAUGCUCAAACUUCUUAGCAAGGGUGCCAAACUUACCCGCUUCUGUUCAUCUUCAGUUUGUUUCCUCUCCCUUGAAUCAGUGAGCCGUCAUUACUCUGAUAUGGGAAGGGAAGUAAGCGAGCUGGAGUGGGCGAUGGAGAUAGAGGGGCCCCCCAACUACCGAGGCUACCGACUCAACCCCGACCUCAGGGAGAAGCUCACCAAGGAUUACUUGGGAAAGCUGCCUGUCGGGCCCUCCAAGUCGCUGACCCAUCAGGAGCGUCUGUUGCUGGAGGUGAAGGAGAAGCUUGCGGCCAUGCUGGGGGGGCACGAGUUCCUCACCAUCACACACUCUCUGCCUCACAUACAAACACCAGACUUGGUUUUCUGCACUGAUAGUGAAGGCAUUCCUGUAGUCCUACCACAGGAGUACCAUGACCUUCCCCCCUCGGCCCUGAAGCGGCCCCUAGGGAGGCCUGGGGAGCUGAGGUGGAAUGCCGUCAUCGUCGCCGGGCGGAACUCUUUCAUCCGUAACACCGAGGAGUUGAGAGGAAACGUCCACAUGAGGAGAAGACAGCUGAGCACGUUGGGUUACUACGUUUCUGUGAUUCCGUUUAUGGAGUACAACAAAAAGAAUCUACGGAUGAAAUUGAGUUGUCUCGACCGCUCUCUGAAGGACGGGUCAUCUCUCCGCACAGACGGCUGCAUGGAGUCUGCUUGGGUCACCCUCAAGGCCGGGGCAGAGAGGCAGGAGGAGGCAGCCUUAUGACGCACCACUGAAGAAGACGCAGAUGGUGUUCAGCAACUAGCGACGGCGAUGAAAUGCUAGUGAAAGUGUUAUCUAACCUGUCCAUGUAAAUAUUCUCCUAUUAGACAUGAGGUGAACUAUUGACUGGCUGGCUAGUCAUGUUUAUGUUGUAGACUGUUGAAAGCAAGGUGAUGGCAUUGUCUUUUUUGUGAAUUGUAUAUAAUGUUGGGAAGAUUUUUAAAUGGCAACACUAUGUCCAUCCUGGUGAUAUUCUUGAGCAGGGCAAACAAACUUGGUGCAGUCAUUGGCUUGGUGAACAUCCUCGUAAUGCUCUAACGUCACUGAAGCUCUCAUGCAGGUGAAGUAGCAGGUGUAUAACUAUAUCCUCAACACCCACAAGUCAGUCAGCACUCCACCUCCACACCACAAAGAGCACAGCCUGAGCGCCAUCCAGGGGGACCGUCACUUAGGUCAGGCCCCACAGCAGUACCUCCCGUGCCACAGCAUUGCACAGCUGAAGCCCCCUGCCCACAGCUCCUGGAUCUCACACCGAUGUUCUUUGGUCACUAGCGUACUUACCUUGAAAUCCGAUGAAGGCCCACAGGAGAGCAGGGGUACCUCUUCUAAAUAAUGUCCUUGCCAUCCAUAUUGUGUGCCAUAGUCGGAAAAUAUCAGAGUUACCGUCACAGUCACUGCAUACAAGGACAUGUUUCAGCCUCCUUGUUGCACGCUAGCUGCAGACCCUCACCUGUUGGGCCAUCUUUGUACCUAGGGCUGGCAGUGAUGCUUCUUGCUGCAGUAUUAAUGAGAAAAAAAGUGAAGGGCAUGUUUUGUCUAAUGUGGGUAGGCAUAUAAUGUAUUGGGAAGCUUGCUUAUUGCAUCAUAAUGAGUAUUUGUUAUGACAUACAUGGUUUAUAGGUUUGCAUUUCCAUGUCAAGUGCAAUUUUUACUGAAUUUAUUUUUAUUUUAAAAUAUUUCAAAGGCUUGGAAACGGCCAAUGUUGGUUAUGAUUACCCUGGCGUCCCAAGAUAUAAUAAUUUGCUGAUAAUAGAAAGAAUAUGUUGUUUUGACUGUAUGUAAAGGCUUUUAUAAUAGUACAAAUUAGUGAUGAUGUGUUCACGAUCAAAUUAUAAUCUCUGAUGUGAGAUUCUGUUCAUUCUAAAACAUAGAAAAUCCAUCUCAGACUAGGGGGCAAGGGAGGGAUAAGCUUUGCUGAUGCUGGGAUUCAAACCUGACCUGUGACACGGCAAGCCAGAGCUCUGCCCCUUCUACCAUCAAGGGACCCCAGCCAAGUGAGGUUUAGGUCACUCUCCUCAUCAGGUGGGUCAUUACAAUUUCAGAAUCUGGUCCUGUUAGCAUGAACAAAUCAAUUGCAUUUUCUGUUAUUAUCUAUGUUGAAGAAUUUGUCCUGUGUGCUGUUAGUGUAAUUUGAGACAAUAUUCUUAGCUAUCUAAGUAUAGAGUCAGUUUUCUGCCAAGUUAAAGAUGAUUAAGGUUUAUUUUAAUACAUCCUGCUUGUUAGAAUACCUAUUGUACAAAGCUGUAUAUACAAGGGUGGAAAUUUGAAA